CUUCCUGGUGACCUGAGCAAGAUGCACCUGACGGACCACCCACAUCAGCAGAUGCACAUGGCCAACAGCCAAUCAGGAUGCAGCAUCGCCAGCGACUCAGGGAGCAGCAGCCUAUCAGACAUCUACCAGGCCACAGAGAGUGAGCUGGGUGAUGUGGAUCUCUCUGGUCUCCCUGAAGCUCCAGUGGACUCUGAGGAGGAGGAGGAGGAUGAAGACAUGGACCGCUCCUCAGAUGCACUCCUGGCCAGAGAUCUGGUGCGCGAGUGUCUGGAGAAAGACGCGCUGGACCGCACAGACGACGACAUCGAGCAGCUGCUGGAGUUCAUGCAUCAGCUGCCGGCGUUCGCCAACAUGACGAUGUCAGUGCGGAGGGAGCUGUGCCGGGUCAUGAUGUUUGAGGUGGUGGAGGGAGAAGGAACCGUCAUCCUGCAGGACAAGCAGGAGCUGGACCUGUGGUAUGUGAUCCUGAACGGUGCGGUGGAGAUCAGCUACAGUGACGGCCGAUCAGAGAUCCUCUGUAUGGGAAACAGCUUUGGCAUCACUCCAUCACUGGACAGACAACUGAUGAGCGGAGCCGUGAGCACCAGAGCAGACGACUGCCAGUUCGUGUGUAUCGCGCAGCAGGAUUACUGCCGCAUCCUCAAUCAUGUGGAGCAGAACACACACAAGGUGGAGGAGGAGGGCGAGAUCGUGAUGGUGAAGGAACACCGAGAGCUGGACCGCAGCGGCACACGCAAGGGACACAUCGUCAUCAAGGGCACGCCGGAGCGUCUGGUCCUGCAUCUGGUGGAGGAGCCGUCAGUGGUGGACCCCACAUACAUUGAGGACUUCCUGCUGAUGUACCGCACCUUCCUGUCCAGCCCCAUGGAGGUGGGAAACAAGCUUCUGGAGUGGUUCAGAGUCGACGCUCUGAGAGACACGGUGACCCGGAUCGUGCUGUUGUGGGUGAACAAUCAUUUCAAUGAUUUCGAGGGUGAUCCGGUGAUGACGCAGUUCCUGGAGGACUUCGAGAAGCUGCUGGACGCCUCGAAAAUGAAGGGUCACCUGCGUCUGCUGAACAUCGCGUGCGCGGCGAAGGCCAAGUGUCGUCAGGUGACGCUGCAGAAGUCCUGCAGAGAGUCUCCGCUGAUGUUCAACCUGCAGGGCGGCAGUGAGCGCGGCUUCGGCAUCUUCAUCGAGAGCGUGGAGCCCAACAGCAGAGCAGCAGAGGCAGGACUCAAGCGCGGAGACCAGGUCUUGGAGAUCAACGGGCAGAACUUUGAGAACAUCUCCUACACCAAGGCCAUGGACAUCCUGAAGAACAACACACACCUGUCCCUCACCGUCAAGACCAACAUCUUCGUUUUCAAAGAGCUCCAGAGUCGCAUGAGGCACGAGAAGAAGAACGGCGGUCCUCAUAUUCCCAAGAUCCAGGAGCGGAAGAGCAACCGCUUCUCCAUCCCGGAUCUGCCCGGAGACAUGGAGUUUCCCACCGACAGCAAGAGCCACAAGAAGAUGAAGGCCAACACCGUUUCUGGAGGACGCAACAAGAUCCGCAAGAUGCUGGAGAAGACCAGAUUCAGCAUCCUGCCCCCUAAACCCUUCAGUGACAGCGGUGUGUGUCAGUCUCAGGAUGACAGUAUCGUGGGCACUAAACAGUGUCGUCACAGUGUGGCCAUAAUGCCGAUCCCCGGCAGCCUCUCCUCCAGCAGCCCUGACCUGCUGCAGCCCGCCGCCACCGUGCUGGACUUCAGCAACCCCUCAGUACAUCAUCAUCAGUAAAGACACCACCGCUAAAGACGUGGUUUCACAUGUGGUGAGUGAGUUCGGUCUGAUCGCCGCCGCUGAGACCUACUCUCUGUGUGAGGUGUCCGUCAGUCCGGAAGGAGUCAUCAAACAGCGCAGACUGCCGGACCAGCUGUCUAAACUAGCGGACCGCAUACAGCUCAACGGCAGGUACUACCUGAAGAACAACAUGGAGACGGAGACGCUGUGUUCAGACGAGGACGCUCAGGAUCUGCUGCGGGAGAGUCAGAUCAGCCUGCUGCAGCUCAGCACAGUAGAAGUGGCAGCUCAGCUCUCCAUGCGGGACUUCAGCCUGUUCCGGAACAUCGAGUCCACCGAGUACGUGGACGACCUGUUCAAGCUGGACCCCGGCGGAGGUGGCGGCGCUGGGCAUCUGAAGCAGUUCGAGGAGAUCAUCAACCAGGAGACCUUCUGGGUGUCCACCGAGAUCCUGCGAGAACCCAACGCCAUCAAACGCAUGAAAACCAUCAAGCACUUCAUCAAGAUCGCACUGCACUGCCGCGAGUGCAAGAACUUCAACUCCAUGUUCGCCAUCAUCAGUGGUCUGAAUCUGGCUCCAGUGGCUCGACUCCGGAGCACGUGGGAGAAACUGCCCAGCAAGUAUGAGAAGCUGUUUCGUGACCUCCAGGACAUCUUCGACCCGUCGCGCAACAUGGCCAAAUAUCGCAACAUCCUGAGCAGCCAGAGCGUGCAGCCUCCCAUCAUACCCCUGUUCCCCGUGGUCAAGAAAGACCUCACGUUUCUGCACGAAGGUAACGACUCGAGUGUUGACGGGCUGGUGAACUUCGAAAAGUUACGAAUGAUUGCUAAGGAGAUCCGGCAUGUGGUGCGCAUGACUUCAGCCAACAUGGACCCCGCGCUCAUGUUCAGACAGAGGAAGAAGCGCUGGAAGAGUUUAGGGUCUCUCAGUCAGGGCAGCACCAACUCAAACCUGCUGGACGUUCAGGGGAAUCAUAAGAAGCGUGUGCGCCGCAGCUCGCUGCUCAACGCCAAGAAGCUGUAUGAGGAUGCACAGAUGGCCCGCAAGGUGAAGCAGUACCUGGCACACCUGGAGGUGGAGACGGACGAGGAGAAGUUCCAGAUCAUGUCUCUGCAGUGCGAAGCCGCCUACAGCACACUGUCCAAGAACCUGAGCGAGCGGCGCUCCACUAAGUCGGACAUGUCUCCGGUGUCCCUGCGGUCCGGUCUGUCUUCCUCCAGAACUCAGAACCGCGUGUCUCAGGUGCUGCAGGUUCCUCCCGUCAGCCUUUAUCCUCUGAGGAAGAAGAGCAUCGCCAAAGACCUGGCCGCUACCUUCAGUCCAAACUCCCCGCAGACGCUGAAGAAAUCCGCUGGUGCAGCCGAGGACAGCAGGAGAACAGAAGAGAGCCUGUCCACCGUCUCGUCCCUGCACUCCAGUCCCACCGUGUCCCCGCAGGGCUCUCCACGCAAAGUGAGCGUCUCGUCGUCUCGGCAGAACGGCUCCUCGGCUCCGGCCCCUGGUGGACGCACCUACGGCAUAGGUUACGCCCUGAUGCCCGCGGGUCGCUCUGAUCUGUCAGACUCCAGCGAGAUCUCGUCCCGCUCCAGCAUCGUCAGCAACUGUUCUGUGGAUUCGGGACUCACAGCGGCCCCCGCCAGCGUCCCGGCAGAGACACACACACUCACACACACUCCAGCAGACUGCAGCUGGUCUUCAUCUGUACGGGACUCUACAGUAGCGCUCUCCACCGUCUCCAACAGUGCUGAGGAGCUGACGGCCCCUGAACACUCCUCCGUCUCAGAGAUAGCGGACAGCGGACGCGCCAGCUGGACCUCCUGCUCCAGCAACUCUCAGGACAGCCUGCAGACGGUGCAGCGGGCCCCAGAGCCGCUCAGCCUCCGCCACACCCCCAUGGGCGGCCCGAUCGCAGAGGUGGACCCAGCUCUGCUGGAGGAACGAGACUCAGAGGACGGAUAUGACCCAGUUAAACAUAACAGCACAGAUCCAGCCGACGGCUCCGACUACAAGACCAUCACCUCCAGCACAGAGAAGGGGCUCAUAGUGUACUGUGUAACGUCUCCCUGUAAAGACGAGCGUUUCCGUGCUCCUCCACCAACGCCGCCAGGUUAUCAGGGUCUGACUCUGGGCGCCGCUCAGGCUCAGGACGCCCAGAAGCUCAAACCGCCCGAAUAUAAAGUCGCCUUGCAGAGCUGCAGACUGAGACGCAGCCUGGCGGAGCCACAACCCGAGCUGGAGCCGUCCCGACACACUCAGUGCGCUGUGGAGAGGGAGGAGG